AUGUUAAAAGAGGGUGUUUGUGUUGAGUGCUCAACUUCAAAUCCAAAUUGCCACGUUUGUGCAACGACAAGUUCGAGGUGUUUGUCGUGUGGUGUUGGGUAUGGUGUUGAUGAUAAUGGACAAUGCCAGAAGUGUGUUGAUGUGAAUUGUCUUGACUGUGAGUUGUAUGAUAAGUGUUCAAAAUGCAAAGAAGACACAAUUCUCACAGACGGGAGUUGUGUGAGUUGCAGUGUUGACAACUGUAAGACGUGUGACUUGAAUGGGUUUUGUGUUGAGUGCGAAUCCAAUUAUUAUCCAAAUGAUGGCGUUUGUCAAAGCUACGACUUGAGUUCUCUGAACUGUGUUGAAACGUCAACAACCAGAAACGAGUGUCUGAAGUGCAACAUAAAUUAUUAUUUGAAAUUGGGCAAGUGCUAUCCAUGUAACUCGUUUGAUCCCAAUUGUGUUGAAUGCAACAACAGCACAUGUUUAAAGUGUUCAGAAGGAACAUAUCCAAAUAGGGUUGGAAAGUGUUCGCCAUGCAACAACAUGGCAAACUGCACAAAGUGCCAACAAACAGCGCCCAUUUGCACUGAGUGCUCUUUUACGUCCUCUCCAAAUGGGCAAUUGGUAAAUGGGUAUUGCAAAGAUUGCACUGUUGACGGCUGUGUGAAAUGCAAAACAAAAACGUCUGGUGCUAAUGUGUAUCCCGUUUGUGAUAUUUGUGCACCAGGGUAUAACCUCAACUCAAAUAAUGAAUUCUGUUAUCCAAACACGAUUGACGAUUGUGAAGAGUAUGAAAACAACACCAACACUUGUUCGAAAAGUAAAAAUGGAUUCACAUUGAAUGCAAAUACAUGUCAAAGUUGUUCCUCUACACUUUCUAGUUGUGAAGAAUGCGCGUCAACAUCAAUUUGCACAAAGUGUUCAGAGGAAUUUACUGUUGGCACAGACAACACUUGCCACACCUGUUCGGAUGUAAUGCCAAAUUGUGAUAAAUGUUAUUCUGACACUUCAAAAUGCAAAGAGUGUGCAGUUGGGUAUUACGUCACAGAAGAUUUGACAUGUUCGAGUUGUGAUUCGGUGAUAUCGAAUUGCAGUGAGUGUUACAAUUUGGAAGGUGUCAAAUGCACAAAAUGCAAUUUUGGGUCAUACAUUGAAAAUGGAAAAUGUGUUGAAGUCAAGGCAAACGAGUUCAAAACAUCAGAAACUACUUCGAAAGCGUGUCGCCUUCAAAUACAAAACUGCUACAGCUGCAACUACACGACAAGAGGCGCCACUUUUGACACUGCAGUCGAAUGCAACAGAUGUCUUGAUGGGUAUGGCUUUGUUUCAAGCACAACGAGAGUCUGUGAGAUCUGUCACAACGAAGUUGAUAAGAGUCAAGUUUGCAUUACAUGUGAAGAUGGGUGCAAGAGAUGCUUCAUAAAAAAUGAUGUUACAAAAACAACGUCAUGUGUUUCUUGCGAAGAUGGAUUUGCAUUGAGGAAUGGAAUGUGUCUUAAAAUAGAAAACCGUGAGUAUUGUCUUGAUGAGUUGCACAAUGUCGGCUGUGAGUCGUGCGCCAACUACUAUUCGACUGUUGAAAUUGGCACGAAGUGCUCACCGAAUAACAGAAACGCAACUUUGAGUGACGUCAAUUGCCAAGAGGGUGAAUACCAGAAAGGGCACUGUCUGUCUUGUCGACUUGGUUUUGCCCCAAACUUGUCAAGUCCACCCGUUUGUACAAAUUGCGGGUGCAGAGAGUGCAACAAGAUCAACGAGUGCAAAAUAUGUAUCAGCGAAUCAAACAACAACAUUGGAAUUUGCACAAGUGACAGCAACCGCUUUUCAACUACAAACAACACCUGUUUGAAAUGCACAGAUAAUCAUUACAUAACAAAUGGAAAGUGUGAAGUGUGUGAUCAGAGUUGUGUGUCGUGUUCAAGUGACAACAAAAAGUGUUUGAAAUGUGAAGAUGGUUUUGUACUAGUGAAUGAUGAAUGUGUUUCGCUUGAAGAGUCAAAUUGUGUUAUUCAAAAUGAUGUUACAUGUCGUUGUGAGUUAUGUAGAGAAGGGUUUGUGUUUGACGCAUCAAAUAAGUGCAAAGAAAACAGUAUAGCAAAUUGUCUGAAUGAAAACUCAAACAAGUGUGUGAGAUGUCUACCAACAACUCUUUUGGGUAUUUCCAACAGCGAAACGGUUUGUUCUAAAAGUGCAACAAUAAACAACUGUGAAAUUCAAAGCUCAAUCGGUUGUGCGAAGUGCGAAAGUGGGUAUUUCAUGAAUGGGAUAGAGUGUGAGUGA